UGGGUCUGGGUCCAAUGGAGUCUGGAAGGCGCAGGGGGGGGGUAUGAGGCGGAGGAUCGCAAUCUGAUCUGGAGCUGGAGACCUCCCCCUCUCUCUCUUUCUCUCGGUGAACGAGCAGUCAUCACUGGGCCGAAGGCUGUCUUCUCCAACCCUUCGUUACCCUGAACACAACCGACUGCUCUCCCAGGGCACUGCUGGAGAGGAGCCGAGCCUGGUACCUGUCCCUCAUGGCUCCAAACACAAAGGGGCCAAAAUAUGCCUGGCUGGACCCUUCCAGACUCUACUGCAGCCACCAGGCGCUGGCUGACUGCGUGAAAGACCUGCUCCAGCCAUUCCAGAAUGAGCCCAUUGACCUGGUGGUUGGCAUUGAUGCAAUGGGAUUUAUUCUAGGCUCUGCUGUGGCCACCUCUCUGGGCAAGGGAUUGCUCACCAUCCGCAAAGCAGGGCACCUGUGCGUGGAGACGCAGAGCCAGGUCUACAGAGACUACUCCGGCCAGGAGAAGCUCAUGGAGGUCCGGCUUGACGUCUUAAAACCAGGGGUACGGGUGCUGAUUGUGGACCAGUGGAUCGAGACUGGGGGAACCAUGAGGGCUGCCAUUCGCCUGGUGGAACAGCAGGGAGCCACCGUAGUGGGGGUGGCCGCCAUCGCCGUGGAGAACAGCGCGGGAGGGAGGUGGAUCAAGGAGCAUUACAAGUGCUCACACUGCAUCCCAGAGGAGCUGCAGCCCCAGGUCGACCAGCACCGCCUGCUGUCCUUCCUGAACCUCAGCAACCAGGCCCCCUGAUCCGGCUGAGAGGAGGGGGGGGGCGAACCUCCAGGCCCACUUCACGCAGGAGAUCUCCAAUCGGGUUUGGGACGGUUUCCAGCCUCCUUGUGUUAAACUCAAGCGUAAGAUCGAGAGGGCACUUUAGCUGGUUUGAGGUGUGCUGCUAUGACCACUGGGUAGUCUGAAAGGAAGCCCUGAUUUUGGUGUUUCUCCAGCUGUCCUGGAGGAACAGCAGGUCUCUCAGGCUGAAACGACUUAAAGAGCUUCCGUUGGCUACGCAGUGCGUGGAGUUUGUAUGGUCUUCCCCUGCUGGAGUGGGUUUCCUCCCCCAGUCCAAAAUCAUACUGGUGGGUUUCCUUCCCCAGUCCAAAAACAUUCUAGAACAAGUGCCCCUAGUGCGAGUGCCUGCGUGCUUGCGUGUUUGUGUCCGCCCUGCGGUGGACUGGCGUCUCGCCUUGUCCCCACUGCAUGCUGGGGUAGGUUUCAGCUCCUCCACAACCCUCUAUUAGAUAGAGUGGUUAGAACAUGGAAGGAUGGAUUAAUUUCACCUUUUUAUCCCGAAGUUGAAGUUGGUAAUGUAGUACUUAAAUCUAAGGUAGUGGGCCAGUCCCUAGUUUGUACAGGCUGCUUGAAAAGCUCCAAUAAUCCAUUAGAGGGCACUGUUUAUCAGCUCUCCCCUUCAUCCACAGCACAGAACAUUAAAGCACAGUUGAGCAAUAAACAGAAAUAUGAAUUUGUGUGUCUGUUAAAAAUCUGUGUCAGAAGUUUUAAGAUGAUUCAUUCCAAUUACACAUGGUAAACGAGAUAAAUGCUCUUUUAUACAAUGCGACAAAUCACCUAAUAAAAUAAAUCAGGCUUUA